GUUAAAGACAACUGACAGUGAACUGACAUUUCCAUUUGCGUGGCUUUGACAUCAUCUUUUUUUGACCUAUCACGAUUAUCUCGUGGCCGUUUCCUAUUCGUCUUACUUGAGAGGUGUUUGCAACGAAGGUUAUUAACAUUUCAACACCGGUUCUUUGUUCAGUAUAUACAUACGUCCACCGCGAUGCAUCGCAAGCUCAUCCUGUGUUGUGCCAUAAUCGCCCUUUGUGCCUUUGCGAAUUGCGAGGACGACAAAGCCAAAAAAGGCCCCAAAGUCACCGACAAGGUUUGGUUCGAUAUAACAAUCGGCGAUGAAGCUGUCGGUCGCAUCGAAAUCGGCCUUUUCGGCAAAACCGUUCCCAAGACAGUGCAGAAUUUUAAGGAAUUGGCCCAGAAGUCCGUCGGCGAAGGAUACAAAGGGAGCAAAUUUCAUCGCGUGAUCAAAGAUUUUAUGAUCCAAGGCGGAGACUUCACUAAAGGCGACGGAACUGGCGGCCGCAGCAUUUACGGCGAACGAUUCGAAGACGAAAACUUCAAGCUCAAGCAUUAUGGAGCUGGAUGGCUCUCCAUGGCCAACGCCGGGAAAGACACCAACGGAUCUCAGUUCUUUAUCACCACAAAGAAGACUUCGUGGUUGGAUGGAAGACAUGUCGUCUUUGGGAAAGUGCUGAAAGGCAUGGAUGUUGUACGCAAGAUUGAAAAUACUAAGACUGAUGGUCGCGAUAAGCCCUCAAAAGAUGUGGUAAUCGCCGAUUCUGGGGCUGAAACUGUAGAGGAGCCUUUCGGUGUACCCAAGGAGGACGCCACUGAAUAAACUUCGUGUAAAGCAAUUUUUUAAAUAAAGUUAAUUUUUCUACGUCAAAA